UCAAGUUUUCGGCAGUGCCCGGUCUUAAAGUAGGCAGUAAGGGGGAGUAGACGGGCUGAAAAAUCUACGACAACGACGAGACAGGAGAAAACAUGGACGCGUUCUUCGUCCCUCUUGCUCAAGCAGCUGGCGCGUCCGUUGAUCAGAUAAAGUUGAUUUCCUGUCUUUUAAUCGCGUUUCCUUUGGGUUCCGUGUUCGUUCGUAUUCCUUCGAGCAAACCCCAUCUGAAGCACCUAUACAACGUCGCCGUCACCGUCUUUUUCUUCUUGCCCGUUCUUCAGAUCCCACAUGCGUUCCUCCAGCUAUUGGGUAGUGUGGUGACGACAUAUGCCAUUGCAAAGUAUCAUACAGGGCCAAAUAUGCCUUGGAUCGUCUUUGUAGUUACCAUGGGGCACUUGACCGUCAACCACACAAUACGCUACCUCAGAGCGCAGAGUUACGAGACGAUGGAUGUCACUGGGCCCCAGAUGGUGCUGACCAUGAAGCUGACGACCUUUGCGUGGAACGUGUUUGACGGUCGGAGGCCUGUCCAGGACCUCGAUAAAUGGCAGACCUCGAAGCGCAUCCCUACCUACCCGUCCCUUGUCGAGUUCUUGGGUUAUGCGUUCUACUUCCCUGGUGUCCUCGUUGGACCUUACCUUGAAUACGUCGACUAUAUGGAGCUCAUCACCGAAAAACUAUACGAGGGUCAUGUCAAGGAGAACGCCAAGCGCAACCUUCCGGGCGGGCGCAAACGCGUCGCAUACCGUAAGAUGGUCGAGGGCCUCGUGUAUCUCGGAAUUUUUGUCUUGUUGGGCUCCAAGUAUAACUUUGCAACAAUUCUGACGCCUUGGUUCGCAGAGCAGAGGAUGUGGUAUAGACUGCUUUGUUUCCAACCAUAUGGUAUCCUCGAAAGGUGCAAGUACUAUGCUGUGUGGACUCUUACGGAAGGAGCUAGCAUUUUGACCGGGUUAGGUUUCACGGGCUACAAUGCAUCCGGCGCAUCGACCUGGACUGGUGCUGCGAAUGUUAUACCACUGGCCAUCGAGAUCCCUUCCAACUUCAAGGUCCUCUUGGACUCGUGGAACAUGAAGACCAACGUCUGGCUCCGCGAGUGCGUGUAUAAGCGUGUCACGCCCAAGGGGAAGAAACCCGGCUUUGCAAGCAGCAUGAUCACUUUUGCGACUAGCGCGUUUUGGCAUGGAGUGGCCGGUGGGUACUACCUCACUUUCAUCUUGGGUGGCUUCAUUACCACCGCGGGACGUCUUGCUCGCGCAAACAUCCGGCCGCUCGUCAUGCCUGCUGAAGGUCAAUCUACGACGCUCGCAAAGCGCAUGUACGAUUUGGCUGGUACAAUCGCCACGGCGAUGAUGGUCAACUACGUCGCUGUGCCGUUUAUGCUGCUCACAAUUAAAGAUUCCCUGGUUGCCUGGUACCGUUUGGCGUUUUAUGGGCACAUCUUGAUUUUCUCCUCCCUUGGGUUUUUCUAUGCGGGAGGGGCAAAGAUAUUGCAGGCGAAGGAGCCAGGCAAGGCUACGCCGAAUGGCAGCGGGUCGACUACACCUGUUGGUGAGAAGACGUUUACGAUGCCACCUUCGUUGGAUUCCGUCAUGCCACCCAGGAAGUAAAAGACGGAUAUUUAGAAGGACAUACCUAGAAAGAAGGAAUUUAUGCUGCGCUCGUCAGCAAAAAUCGUUCAUGAACGAAUAAAAUGUUUUGGAUACUUGCACAAUUUAUUUUGAAGCUGAAUACUGAAUAUCAGUGCAGU